AUGAACGGGGCUACUGCUUCCACUCUAACGGUGGAAUCUGCUCUCCAGGCUAGCGGACGCGAUCCUCUAGCCGCGCUCGAGGCAGUAGUCCAAGAGCGCAACAACCUGACAUCGCAGAAUGCUCAACUAUGGAAGCUAUUUGAGAAACAACGUGCCAUGUAUAACUCCGCCACCAAGGAACUCGACAGACUUCGGGCUCUUGUCGCCCAACCGUCCACCUCCUCUCCCGUGGCAAGCAAGGAAAAGGAACCUCAUACCGCGUCUGAAAAGACAUCUGUCGAUACAUCGUCAUCCCCUUCAGCCUCGAAACGCCCCGACCGUCCGGAUAGAGCGGAAGCGCGCGAUAAACCGCCACGGGACAAGCUGAGCAGAAGCAAUUCAGAGGAUCAAUAUGCCCAAAAGUAUCUUGGAACUUCUGGCCAUUCACUUUCACCAUCCCGUUCACACGAACCUCUCAACGGCAGCCCACUCCGGACGGCUACUGCCACGGCAGUCAACCCACCAGAGGCUAGCACAUCGUCGACAGGCUCUAGCACUCCACAGAAGCCCAACCGCGGCGAAUCGCUCCCCGCGCCGGCGGCGACCGUACCAUUAAAUGUACAAAAGAAGGCAUCCUUACCAGCUCCAUCUACAAAGUCCCAACUUGCCUCUGCACCACCAGUUCCUGUGAUUGUUUCCGAAGACGUUUCGAACACGCCAAACGUAGCAGCGCCAUUGAGCCAAAGUCCUGCAUCGGCCUCGAGUGCAUCCUCUCAACCUUCUACGAUACCACCUAUGCUAUACCCUUCCAACGGUAGUGGAAAUGGGGACAUGCUUUUAACCGCUCCGGCCCCACGAGACCGAAGAGGAGCUCGAGAGAGUCGCAUUACACUCCCGGAUGAAGCGGCACGAUACAUUGCCGCAAUGGGAGAGAGCCCCAGCGGAAGCCCCAAACCGAAUUUGGCGGAAUUUGGCAGCACAGUUAAAGGAGGCGAUCCACACGAAACAAUUCGAGGAGACAAGAAGAAUGACCAGGCUGACGUUGCCACCGAAACGGAGCCAUACAGCAUCGAGAAUAGCCCAGUUGAAGAGAAAGAAGUUGCGUAUCCAGUCGUGAGCAACGAGCGAAAGGCACCCAACUAUCCACCACCGCCUCCGCCUGGAACGGCUUCUUCGACGUCCACGGUCAGAGAGGUACAUAAGCACAGCGCGAGUAGGAGCAGUAGCGUCGACUACAACGACGCUACAACCCCGAUGCCUAACCAAACUUCCUAUGGUCAUCAACAUCAUUCGCCACAGCAGUGGCAACCACCAAAGCCCCCAGUAUACGCCCAAGACGCCAACGGCAGCACUCCAUGGGAGUGUUUCAUUCCCGAGCCCAAUGGAAAGCGAGCCGGCGACUCCUGCGCAAUCAAGUGCACAUCAUGGCAAGCAGUCCGAGUCAAAGGAGAGGCGAGAUACACGCGAAGGCAUGCUGCUCCACAGCAGUCAUCAGCAAUUGCGUACAAUGACCCACAGUUUUACGACACUGGCGCAUCACCCUCGAGCCAUUCCAAGCGCACCAGGUCGCCCGCUACUGCCGCUAGCCCACAAAAGUCUACACAACCUCAUUUGUCGCCGCAGGAUCUUCCUUCGACGCGUGUUCACAUUGCAGGAUCACAAAUCCGGAGCAAUGAACGUGGCAAGGAAGUGCUCUCGUUUGUCAUUUCGGUACACCCUGUGCGGAUAGGCUCGUCGGCCACGUCGGAAGAAUGGAAGAUUGAAAAGAUGUAUAGCGACAUCCUUGCUCUGGAUGGCAAAGUUCGCGGAACUCUUGGUCGCAGCCAGGCGAAGAGACUCCCACCUCUUCCCGAUGCUAAGCUCUUCAAGGACAAUGCUCCAGCCAAAGUGGACCAACGUCGAGCCAUUCUGGAGCAAUAUUUACAGGCCCUUUUGGUUGUGCCCACCAAAGACACUUCAGAUAUUUGUUUCUUCUUUUCAAGCGACCUUUCGAGAGGAGAUAGAGCGCCUAUGGCGAGUCAGGGGUACAAGGAAGGAUAUCUGACUAAACGAGGCAAGAACUUUGGCGGAUGGAGAACUCGCUACUUUGUAUUGCAAAACUCGGUCCUGGAAUACUUUGAGAACCGAGGGGGUGCACAUCUUGGCACCAUCAAUAUCACCGGAGCCCAAAUUGGCAGACAACAAAAGCAGGCCAAUGCCGACGAUGAGAAUGCAUACCGACAUGCAUUUCUCAUCAUCGAACAGACGAAAAAAGGGGCUGUCCCCUCUCGCCAUGUUCUUUGCGCGGCCAGUGAUACAGAACGAGACGAGUGGGUGGAUGUGCUUGUCCGUUCCAUUGCACCUUCGUAUGGAGACGACACACACUCUCAAGCCGAUACGACGACGAGUUCCACUACGGCUUCGCGACCGUCUACCAGUUCCAAUGCGCCUUCUGAACGACCUGGCGUCGGCAACUCGCCCAUCGACCGGCCAGCAGGUCAAAGCCAGCCGUGGACGGACGCUCAGCUGGCGCAACGGAUGAUCGAUCGCAAUGGCCAGGGCGGGACACCCAUAAUGUCGACUGUGGCACUUCCAAACUCGCUUCCGUCAAGUUUGGAGAGCAGCGGUGCGGCCGCCUAUCAUCAGCCCCGUUCUGAUUCGUCUGCGGGUCAUUAUGGGGAAUCCUCAAGAGAGCAGCGCGCAACACUUCAACCAUCAUCCCACCACGAAACGACCUCUAAAUCAAGGUCAGAUAAAUCCAGCUCUCGCACCUCGCAUCAUCCUUCCAUCUCGACCCUCAAAUCCUCACACGCUUCUGCCUCUUCUGCAGCCGACAGAGGAGACGAUUCUUCGGCUGGAGAAAGUACGACUGCUGGUAGUGUGAUGAGCGGGAGCUCGAAGAAGAUAUCCGGGCCGCUGAACGCCCAGCCAAUCCCGCCUGGUCAAGUCUUUGGCUCGAAAGCGGCAGACACGUCUGACCGGGAACGCAAAGCCAAGAGUGGCCGCUUCUGGCCAAACUUUGGAAAGAGUGCCAACCAUGCAAGUGGCUCGGAUCGUCCUCCUCCCAGCGUCCCGGGAUCCUCCCCUGCCAACGGACAACCGGGAAGAAUGGUAUUCGGCGUGCCGCUUGAGCAAGCGCUAGCCGUUGCACAGAUUGCCAACCUUCCGGCUAUCGUAUUCAGGUGCAUAGAGUAUCUCGAAGCCAAGAAGGCGGCGGAGGAAGAGGGGAUUUAUCGGCUCAACGGAAGUUCCGCGGUGAUCAAGUCUCUCAAGGAUCGUUUCAAUUACGAGGGUGAUGUGGAUCUUCUCAAGCACGACGAGUACUGGGAUCCCCAUGCCAUUGCCGGACUUCUCAAACAGUUCCUUCGAGAUAUGCCGACGACAAUAUUGACGCGGGAACUGCAACCACAUUUCCUCAGCGUAGUUGAUCUUAUGGACCCUAAGGAGCGCGUGAACGAGCUCGCACAUCUCGUAUCUCAACUGCCGGUUGCAAAUUACAGCCUUCUUCGAGCGAUGACUGCGCACCUCAUUCUCAUUGUCCAAAAUGCAACUGUCAACAAGAUGACCAUGCGCAACAUUGGUAUCGUGUUCAGCCCCACGCUCGGCAUUCCAGCUGGAAUUCUCAGCCUCAUGCUUGGAGAGUUUGACCCCGUAUUCAAUGUGGACGCAACCGACACCGCGUCAGACGUGACGAGCAGCAAUGAACACGAGCCAUACGAGUCUCAGAAUGAAAGGACGCCACAAAAGGGUAGUUCGAGCUCGAGAGCCACGCAGCGGUCGAGUAAUAAUAGUCAUGAGAGAAUCAACAAGCGAAACAGCAUGCUGUAUGCCAACACGGCGACGGACCGCAUGCUUGGACUAGCGGGUCGCAAGCUGGAUCCUUCCGCAGAAGAUUCCAGCGAUGGAGACGAGGUUUCGAUUCCAGAGGAGAGCGACGAGGAGACGGAUCGCGAUGUGGAACAGACUGGUUCUGGUUCCCCACCGAGCCCGGCACCGCUGAUCAACAUUUCGUCUGCGCCGGGCACGGAUCCGCAAAUGCAUGGGGCAAAGGCUAUUGCGGCUAAUCGUGGACUGCAGAUUUCGGUAUCUGGCAAGAAGAUGAACCGCACAUCUGGUCUCCCGAGCAGUCCACGGCCCAUGCGGUAUCCUGGAAGUCCUGGCGCGACGGGCCCGACUGGGGCCAUAUGA